UAGGUGGCUUACAAAGUGCAAAUACAUUUCUACUUAAAAAUAGACUUGCGUUUGGUUUUAAUAGCGACGAGGAGAAUGACAGAUGUGCUCACUAGUAAUUGCUUGCAGUCCACAAGCCACCGGAGCAGUUAACCUCUUAAAAGGAUUCAUUUCAAGACAUUAUUAUACUGAUAUCUGUAAUCCGGAGCAUUUUAGAUACAUAAGUCAAACUGCCUUUUCUAAACACGAAAAUAAAUCCACAGACUUUUUGUAAUCAUCUGAACAAGGUUUACCAAAAGGUUGGCUGUAUUAAAAUUUACAGUUUUCAAAAAAAGAACUGCAGCUUUAGUCAUUAUGCACAAUGUGAUAAUGAAACUUCCUUACAGGGAAAGGCCACAGUGUGGUGUGAUGAGUUAAUUUUAGGGGGAAAUCUUGGCUCUGGAUGGUCGUCUUUAUGUUACACCAAUAUUAUUAAUGAUAAAGAUGUGAUUUGGACAAUAUGUGUUACAUUUACAGCUACUAAUGUCAGAAUAUAGUCCUCAUACAUGGUAGCAGCUCUGUCCAGUAGAAACGUCCUGUUCCACAAGAGGGAGCACGUGCUAACGUUUGAACAGAACUGUCCAUUCAGAAUUUCAAAUCAUGCAUUGAUCGCACACUCCCACUAUAACAUUUAUGCAUUUUUUCCGUCUUGGAAUGCAAUUUUUUAUUUUUUUUAUUCAGCCGUCUUCAAACACACAGAAGAGCAUUUGUAAGAGAAAACACCUUUGCAUUUGCACUCGUUAGCAACCUCUGACUGUUCUAGAUAAGUAACUAUAACAAAUAUUCCUGGUAUUUAUUGAAAUGCGCCUUGGAUCUCUUUAUCUCACGUAAACUAACUGCAUGGACUAAGCAUGCACUUUUUGUGCAAGCUUGUGCGUUUUUUUGCUGCUUUACUAAUAUUUACCACAUCUAACUUGUUUUGUUUAUUAUUUUACAGUUUGCAUCAUCUACUAAAAACAUUGUAAAAAGCCCCAUAACAGUUUUUAAUAAGCGAAAGCACUAUUUCAUCACGCUGAUCUUCGUGCCAUAUAUUCAGCACUUCAUUAUUCAAAAGGACACUAUUAAAAAAAAAAAAUACAUAUUCACUUCAAACAAAAAAGCUUUCAACCAUUCAGUGUUUAUUCUAUUCAUGCGACUCUUUUAGUGCAAUUAUAGCAUGCAUUACGCAUUAUUGACCUAAAGUUGCAAAUCUCAUUAUAUGGGGCUCAUUAAUGAUAUGUAAUGAUUUCACCGUUUUACGCAUCAAACAUCUGGCGAUGCGCAUUGGUUGCUCGUUGUUCUCCUUCCACUUCCCAGACGUUAUUGAUCAACCCGUUACGUCAGUAUUGAUAACUUUACCAAACCCAAAAUCAAGUGCAAUCCCGGGAGCUGCACUAAUGCAUCUAUAUGCAUCUAUAUUCUGUUCAUAUCGCAUCCACAGGCUCUCGCGCGCUGCGCGUCCCGUCUAGUUUUCCACAACUGUUAUUUUCCUAACAUUUUUUUUUCCAUGUGGAGUGUAAUCGUCAACGCUGUUUAACGGGGGGAAUCCAGCCCAUAUAUUUAUUGUAGCCGCUCUUGAAUAUUGUGCUCAAGAUGGCCGCCGAUGUGGGAUCGAUGUUUCAAUAUUGGAAGAAAUUUGAUCUCCGGCGGCUUCAGAGGGAGCUAAAUUCAGUGGCGGCACAACUAGCAGGCCGACAGGAAGAGAGCGAGGACUCCCAUAAGCACCUGGUGGAACUGAGCCGUGAAUUCAAGAAAAAUGUCCCAGAGGAGGUAUUGGAGAUGGUUUCGCCCGUCCUCAAGAGUUUCCAAGCUCAGGUGGUUGCAUUGAGCCAGCGCAGUAAGGAGGCGGAGUCUGCGUUCCUGGGAAUAUAUAAACAGCUGAUCGAGGCCCCAGAUCCAGCUCCGCUGCUGGAGGCCACACAGGAGCAUCUGGCAGAACUUCAGCGUUCGGCCCCUGACGGUGAUGCUCUGCUCACAGAAAUCUCUGAGAACUGGAGGAGACACCUGGAGUGCCUUGACAAAGCAGAACACAUAGAGGAGGGGUCUGUUACCGUGGAGACAGGGGAGGCGUCGACACAGCGGCCCCACAUGAUGACACCAAACAGCACACAGAACGCCCAGGAUGGAGAUGCCCCGCUCCAAAACCAUCAGGACCCGCAGGAAGGGGAGGAACAUGAAUCAGACAUUUCGCUGCCUGUCAGACUCGGUCAGGCUGAGGACCGGAUCAAAGCGCUUCAGUCAUCACUGAACUCGGCCCGAACGGAGCUGCUGGAACUGAGGUGUAAAUACGACAAGGAAAUGGCGGAAAAAGUGGAGGAAAUGGGAGCGCUAAUGGCGAACCUGGAGAAGGCCAACCAGAGAGCGGAUUUUGCCCAGAGGGAGGUGGAGAGGCUGAGGGAGCAGCUCGCCGGCACUCAGAGCACUUCUAAAGCCACCGGCCCAUCAGAAGACCGACCCAAGGAGGAGAGGGAGCGCGACGAGCGAGACGAGGGCUCGCUGUCGCGGCUGGAGGUGGUGCUGUUCUCCAAGGACAGAGAGAUCCUCAGACUGCUCGAGAAUGUCCAGAGACUCCAGUUCACCUUACAGGAAGUCCAGGACUCAUCAGCCAAUCAGAUAGCAGAGCUGGAGCGGCAGCUGGCCUAUAAGUCAGAAGCUAUAGAGACCCUGGAGGCCAAACUACAGUCCCAGAUGGAUUAUGAAGAGAUCAAAACAGAACUCAGCAUCCUGAAAGCCAUGAAACUGGCAUCAGCCAAUGGAAGUUCAUCCCAGGAAUCAGCCAAAACUGCUGAGGCACUGCUGCUGGACAAAGACGCCUUUCUGCCCUCUCACAAAUUUCUUGUGGAUAAAGUCAGAGUGUUACACAACAGCGAUGAGGGUCAUUCUGAGGACUCUAGUAAGGAUGUGAGUCGCCCGGCGGGGUCGUAUUCCUCGCCUCCAGGAACACUGCCCAUAGAUGGCCGCACAUCCUCCAGCCCAGGCCCGCCCAAUACUGACACGCCCUCCUCCGCCCACGAACUGCCCCGCCCCUUCUCAGUGUCGCCCUUCUCGGGCGAGAAACUUCCCGGAGAUCAGCUCCUGCAGAAACAGCUCCUGUCUCCCCUCUUCAAAAAAGACGGCAGCUCCAUCAUGGCCUUCCCCACCGCCCUCUACGCUGCCAAAGCGGCCCUCAUGUCAGCCAAUCAGAACGCCUCUAUGCCAGUCACUAUGGAGACAGGCAUGCCAAGUGACCAAUCAGAGAGCGGUAGCUCAGGGGGAGGAGGAGACGACGACCAGUUGGACACGGCAGAAAUCGCUUUUCAGGUCAAAGAGCAGCUGCUGAAACACAACAUCGGUCAGCGCGUGUUCGGCCACUACGUGCUGGGCCUCUCGCAGGGCUCGGUCAGCGAGAUCCUGGCUCGACCCAAACCCUGGAGGAAGCUCACCGUCAAAGGCAAAGAGCCUUUCAUCAAAAUGAAACAGUUCCUGUCAGACGAGCAGAACAUCCUGGCUUUACGCACCAUCCAGGUUCGCCAGCGAGGGAGCAUUACUCCUCGCAUCCGAACUCCUGAAACUGGGUCAGACGAUGCCAUCAAGAAUAUUCUAGAGCAGGCCAAGAAGGAGAUCCAGUCACAAAGAGGUGAUUGUAAGUCUUCUCUGGGCUGUUCAUCGGGCCGUAACAGCUCUGGAGGAAGUAGCAGUUCUGACGAAACCAUCAAGAGCAUUUUGGAACAGGCCCGUCGGGAGAUGCAGGCGCAGCAGCAGGCCCUGCUGGAGAUGGAGGUGUGUGGCCGGACGUCCACCAGUGAGCGUCUCGUUCUGCAGGAUCCCACCAAGUGUCAGCCGCCCCCCACGCCGCCCUUCAUCAAGCAAGAAGAGGGCACGUCCGUGCCGGUGUGCGUGUCCAAUCCCACUGGCAGCCCUCAGGCACCUCUCAGCGUCCUGUCACCUGCCGCCUUCGUCCAAAACAUCAUCCGUAAAGUCAAGUCGGAGAUCGGCGAAGCCGGAGCGUAUUUCGACCAGCACUGGUCCACUGAGCGCGGCGCGGUCGUAAUGGGUAUGAGUGGCACCCCUCACCCUUUCACCUCCGUCUCUCCGUCGCUCUCCUCCUCUUCAUCCACAUCCAUGCCUCGUCCCUGGCCACGGAUGGAGAACGGAGACUGCCCUGCAAACGGUGAAGAAGCGUCCGCGCCAGAGGAUGAACCUGUAUUGGGCCGGCAGGUGGAGAUCAAAGUGGAGCCGGACGCGUCCGUCAGUGGCGAGGCGCCCUGCGGAGGAGGACGGGUGUCGUACUUUCCCACCUACAUCCCUCGAACCCUGAAGCCCACCGUCCCGCCGCUGACCCCAGAGCAGUACGAGAUGUACAUGUACCGUGAGGUGGACACCCUCGAACUCACCCGGCAGGUGAAGGAAAAACUGGCCAAGAACGGGAUCUGCCAGAGGAUCUUUGGAGAGAAGGUGUUGGGUUUGUCUCAGGGCAGUGUGAGCGACAUGUUAUCCAGGCCUAAACCCUGGAGUAAACUCACUCAGAAGGGACGUGAGCCCUUUAUACGCAUGCAGCUCUGGCUGCUGGACCAGCUGGGUCACGGACUCAACCAGCUGCCCAACCACAGCCACAACCAAGAUAAGAGCCCCGUGACGACCCGCUCAUCCCCGUCCCCUCCUCCGAGUCCUGAAGACGGACACCCCAACAUGACCCUGGAGCCCGUCAGUCUGGCGCUGGAGAGCAGUAAGGAGAACCAGCACCCUCAGCAGGUGGAGCCUCACGGAGGGAAGAGCACCCCGGGCAUGACCGUCCCCCAGCAGCCCCACACACCGCUGGGGAUCCAGGAGCUGGUGGCCAUGUCGCCAGAGCUGGACACGUACGCCAUCACCAAGAGAGUGAAGGAAGUUCUGACGGACAACAACUUAGGUCAGCGUCUGUUUGGAGAGAGCAUUCUGGGACUGACCCAGGGUUCAGUGUCUGACCUGCUGUCCAGACCAAAGCCCUGGCAUAAGCUCAGUCUGAAGGGUCGGGAGCCGUUCGUCCGCAUGCAGCUGUGGCUCAACGACCCGCACAACGUGGACAAACUCAGAGACGUCAAGAAAAUGGAGAAGAAAGCGUAUCUGAAGAGGCGAUACGGUCUGUUGAGUCCCAGCUCAGACAGCGAUUCCCCCGGCGCUCAUUCUGACUGCAUCAGUCCGGGUCUGACCCCGCUGGAGUUUUGCCCCUUCAGCCAAGCCAAGAAACCCCGAGUGGUGCUGGCGGCGGAGGAGAAGGAGGCUCUGAGGAAGGCGUAUCUCCAGGAGCCGUACCCCUCGCAGCACACCAUCGAGAUGCUGGCCGCCCAACUCAACCUCAAAACCAACACCGUCAUCAACUGGUUCCACAACUACAGCAGGUCCCGUAUGCGACGAGAGGUCCUGAUGGAGGGUCUCCAAGACAACGACACGGACGCCGAACACAACAACUACUCCCCCCUGGCCUCCCACAGCCCCGUGUCCGACCGCGACGACAGGAAGCAGCCCUCGGCCGUCCGCAGCCGCCCUCUCAGCACUGUCCCUCGACGCUUCACCGUCAAACAGGAGGCGAACGAGCCGGAUGAAGACGAGGAGCUGCGUCUGAGGCAGGCCAAGUGCUUCUCUGUCGGCGUCCAGUUCUCUCAGCUGAAAAGCGACCCGGGCGUCAGGGACGAGGAGCCGGGCCGCAAUCAGGGUCUGCUUACCGACGGACCGCAGAGGAACAGCUUGGCGGCGGCGCACGAGGGCGAGGAGCUGGAGAAGUCGCCCGAGGAUCCCGUCAGCUUCAAAGCUUCGUCCGAACCGUCCCGGAGCAGCCUGGAGGUGUCGCUCAACUCGCCCUCCGCCGCGUCCUCGCCUGGCCUCAUGAUGUCCGUGUCCCCCGUCCCGUCCUCUUCCGCCCCCAUCUCUCCGUCGCUGCCCAACCUUCCAGCCCCGAGCCAUCAUCAGCCCACCAACUACGGCCUGGAGUCGCCGUCGCUCAACUCCAAACUCAACAAAAGCACUCAGAGACGCAACGAGAAGAUGGCCAACCUCAACAACAUCAUCCAUCGGCUGGAGCGAGCCGCCAACCGGGAGGAAACGCUGGAGUGGGAGUUCUAGAGAUAGUUUUAACGUCAUCGUACGAGCCGCUCUGACGAAAAAAUCUGGCCGUCAGAUAUUUAUAAACACGUUUUAGGUAUUUUGAUAAAGUAACUUUGAAUUCUACGUCACAGCACUAGCUGGUUUUGUUUUAAACAGCGAAGGAGAGAAAAAGUAGCGGUGUCAUGAAAUGCACACUGACGUCUUGUAGAUUGCCACUGGGUGAGAUUAUUCAAAUAAAAGACCUCUGUCUUAAGCCAUCAAAAAGCACUACUUAUUUAAAAAAAAAAGAAAAAAAAAGAGAGAGACAAUGACCAAAUUUGCUAAUUUUUGAAUAGCAGUUUUUCAACUUUUGUCUGUAAGACGGGACACGAAGUCAAGUGACGUGCGACAGCUUCACCUUGACCGAGGGAUAGUCCUAAAAGACUCUAAAUAGUGAACACUGCAUAUGUAUUUAGUUUCUUGGUGACAUGUUUUGGAACUUUUGUUAUACAAGCGUACAACGUGUGAUUGUGUGUGUUGUAGAAAUCGUCUGCAAUAGCCUUCUCUGAACAAGAUGUAGCAUGGAACAUAAUUUACCCUCUAUUUCCUCUCUAGAUAGUAACCUGUGAUAUACUUGAGCGAUACUAUAAAAAGAGAAAAACGGUAAAAAACAAGAAAAAAGGUAAUGUAAAAAAAAAGUCAGUACGACGGUAGAUGCAUUUUUUAUUUCGUGAACGUGUCAUUUUUUUUAAAAUUUUUUUAAUUUUUCUUUGGUUGGAUACUUUGAGGUUUUACACCAGGGCUCUUGUGCACAGUUCACACACUGCAAAAAAAAAAAAAUGCUUUUCUUACUCUUGUUUUCUAGCACAAAUAUCUAAACAUUAUUAAAUCAAAAUAUUUGAGAAGCAAAAUGACUUAAGAUAUUAAAGGGAUAGUUCACC